AUAUCUUAAAAGCAAGUUAACGUCUAAGGCGUUAAUUUCACAGUCUCAAAGUAUGGAGGACAAGGCGUCACUAAAGGAACUGGAUCAAUGGAUAGAACAACUAAAUGAAUGCAAGCAAUUGACAGAAAACCAAGUGAAAACGUUAUGCGAUAAGGCAAAGGAGAUACUGACUAAAGAGUCAAACGUGCAAGAGGUAAAAUGCCCAGUGACGGUAUGCGGCGACGUCCACGGCCAGUUCCACGACCUGAUGGAGCUGUUCCGCAUCGGCGGCCGCUCGCCCGACACCAACUACCUGUUCAUGGGCGACUACGUCGACCGCGGCUACUACAGUGUGGAGACUGUCACAUUGCUAGUUGCACUAAAGGUCAGAUACCGUGAGAGAAUAACAAUCCUCCGCGGCAACCACGAAUCGCGUCAGAUCACGCAAGUGUACGGCUUCUACGACGAGUGCCUGCGCAAAUACGGCAACGCGUCCGUGUGGAAGCACUUCACCGACCUGUUCGACUACUUGCCGCUGACCGCGCUGGUGGACGGCCAGAUCUUUUGCCUCCACGGUGGGCUGAGCCCCUCCAUCGACACGUUGGACCACAUCCGCGCGCUCGACCGCGUGCAGGAGGUGCCUCACGAGGGGCCCAUGUGCGAUCUGUUGUGGAGCGACCCUGAUGAUAGAGGCGGAUGGGGUAUAUCGCCGCGCGGCGCCGGCUACACGUUCGGGCAGGACAUCUCGGAGACGUUCAACCACAGCAACGGGCUGACGCUCGUGUCGCGCGCGCACCAGCUCGUCAUGGAGGGCUACAACUGGUGCCACGACCGCAACGUCGUCACCAUCUUCUCCGCGCCCAACUACUGCUACAGAUGCGGUAACCAAGCUGCCAUAAUGGAAUUGGAUGAUGCGCUUAAGUACUCAUUCCUGCAGUUCGACCCGGCACCGCGGCGCGGCGAGCCGCACGUCACGCGGCGGACGCCAGAUUACUUCAUGUAGACUGUACCAGCGUUGGCGCACCAACAGUCGAUGCGUCGUCCCCGCGCACUGCCCGCCCGCCCCCGCUCCCCCUCCGCCGCAGGCCGGGCGCUCGCUCGCGCCGUGUCAUACAAGGCGCUGUGUAUCGCUGCCGUGUGACGCACGCUUUACUACUGUUCGCAUACACACGGCCACAUUCUUAUGGUAGGCGUCCACACAUCCGCACCGUACGCAUCCGACGCAUCGCAUCGAACGGAUAUACAUAGAUGCGAUCCGUACGAUGCGGGUCAGUGGACGCACUUGUAAUACUUUAUAUUCAAAGAAUACUAAAUUCUACUGCUAUCCGUUUGAUGUUUAGACUAAUUACAUAAGUACCAGUAUCGCACCCAAAUUCAGGAACAAAAUUGUCCUUUUCUGAGGAAAACGUGCAUAGUUUGAUUUGGUAUACAUCUAGAAUACUAAACUAGAAGUCUUAAACGCCAUUCAACUACAAAGGUAUUUUUACGGAUCUCUUUAACCGGCGAACACGAUUACAACUAGGAAACAUCGAUUCUAUAGAAAUUUUGUAAUCGCACAAGAUCGUUGAUUAUAUACUUUGACAGAAAGGUCCAGCGAGGCAGGUCCAUAUCUGAUUAGUCUGAGGUUUAAUGCAAUGCGGAUCAGUUUUACGUAACACUGAAGACGAAAUCGUUGUUCUUUUUUGUUCUUAGUCACCUACUAUUUGCUAGUUACGCGUGUAUAUCAUUAAUGCAAUUAUUUUUUAUUAUAUUUGUUUACGUAAUAGUUAGUGUUAAAUUUUGAUAUACAAAUCAUGAAAAAAGUUUGUAUAUAUGCGGAUGUCAAGAAGACGCGUAACGUUUUUUUUCAUGAGUAUCGCCGGCUUCAGCACGCUGCUUGUAAACACUCAUUCUGGAUUUAUUCUUUAUUCUGUGGUUGAAUUUAAAAAAGAUGGUUAUAAAAGUUUAAAGUUUGACUUCAUCAUUCAAAUCAUAAAGUUUCAAUUGGUGAAGAUUCAAAUUGGCAAGUAAUUCAAAUAUAUUGUGUGAAAUUCUCUUUAUCACAAAUCCGCUGGCACCAUGGAUAUUUACGAUUUAAAAGUAACCAAUGUUCUGUUACAUUGUUCAACUUGUCCCUUUACUAAAAUUCAUCAAAAUUGGCACAGCGAGUGCUGAAAAAGCUUUGCUUUUGCUGCAAAAGCUGUGAAUAAGGAAAAAAAUAGACAGAUUUUCGUAUUUAUAAUAUUAGUAUGGAUAUAUCUGGUAUCUGUCUAAUCGAUAAACCUUGACAAACAUUAGGAUAUCUCCUUCAUGCUUACCAUGUUCAAACACCUGUGCACGCCACUGGAUGCGAUACAGACGUAGGCGCUAUUAUCUUCACAUGUUUACUUGUCGUGUGUAAAGGCAAGAUCACAGUAACUCGGUGAUGCUUCGAUGUUGAUUGUUUCUUAAAAUAACCUAUUGAUAAUAAUAAUAAUAAUCAACAAAAUGGUUGUAUAUGUCAUUUUUGUCAUCUAUUGUGUGUAUGUAUGUGAUUUUUUUUUUUGCAUGAAAUUUAGGCGUCAUGUAAGACGUUUCUUUGAUGUCUUGAUAUUUAAUUUUAUUUUAGACUUUAAUGAAACAUUUUAUUUGCACAUAUACUGAAUAAAAGAUAUGUUAAAUGUUAAAAAAGUAUACAGAAUUCUUUUAAUAUAAUUGUUUAUAUUCCUUUUGAAGUACAUAUAUAUAUAUUUUAAUACUAAGAGUAUUGAGAAUUGAAUAAUAUUGGAUUUGGAAUAUGUUACUUGUAUUUUAUAUGCAAUGUAAGGUAUUUUAAGUUUCAAAAAUUAGUGAUGUGUCAAUGGAUACAGAAUAUUAAUUUUGGGGUAUUAUUUGGAACAUCACUAUUAUUUUUAUUUAGUAAAAAUAUUGGAAACAACAGUUUGUUCAAUGAAAUACUUUACGUACAUAAAAAUAAUAUCUAAAAGUUUUACUUCGGUGUUAAACUUAAGAAAAAAAAAAUAUCCAUCGUAUUAAGUACUAGAAAUAUCUUAAAAGAAAAAUAUAUAUAUAUAAUAAAAUUACAUUGAGUGUUUGUUAGACUUAAAUCAAAACCAUUUUUUUAACGCUGCGAAUAAAUUAUCAAUGUACUAUGUGCAUUUUCUGUGUUAAUUUUGUGUUUAUUUGUAUUUUGAUCGAGUCAUCAUUCAAAAUGAACACAUGUUUUUACUGAAUGAAGAAAUUUUGACUUUCAUGUUAAUCAAUCAUUCACAUUGAAAUACUGUGUUUGUUGUUUACAGUGGCGUGCACUUCAUACAUGCAUUAAAGCUUUGCAUACCCUAAGAGAUUUUUCUCUAGAUACUUAUUAAAUGCAGAUUUUCCCAGUUUGGUUAAUUUUUCUUACUAGUGCUUACACUGAUCGACAACCUUAUGCACGCCACUGGUUGUUUAGAGGUCCGUGUUUACGGUGUAUUGGAGUUCAGGCAAUUUAUUUUAUUAUAUGGCGGCUCCAAACGUUGGCCUUGCCGUUGGACGUCGUGCAGAGCCGGCAUUAUAGAAAGUAAGUGUUACUUUUGGCGUAUGACAAUGAACGUUAUAUAGUUGUUUUAAUUUGCUGUUCUUUCCGAAAAAUCGCAAAAAAUAACCAUUUAUUCCUUGUACUUUCAUAAUGUCAUAAUAUAUUGUACGCAAAAAUGUACUAAAACGAAUGUGGGCUGUGUGUGUGUGCAUUAGGGCGGGUUUACAUUGCGUCAGUUGCUGACGAGUCGUUGCUGGUCCGUGAUGACGUCUUAAGUGAUUUCGAGUCAUCGCCCUGACGUGACGGAUUAUGUGACGUCAAAUUUGACACUCGAUCAAUUGGCACUUGUGACCUCACCCGAUAAAUGAACAGGCCAACGCUGGCGCGUCAGAGCUGGUUUAGUAUUACGCCAAUUUAUAUUUUGUAGCAUUUACAUAACGUCAGCAAUAGACUAGUUGACCCUUUUUUUAAUGGUUCAUUAUAGUUCAAAUAGACUGAAUUUUUAUUUUCAUAUUUUUUGAGACGUGAUUACAUGAAAAUUUAAUAGUUUUUAAAUAUGUUUUUGACAAUACGAGCUAAAACGCCUGUCGGCCAUGACAGUCUAUAUUUCAACUGUGUCAUGACGUCACUGUAAUAAAUCCGAUACAAAUGGAACGUUUGAUAAAAAUAUUAGUUAUCAAUUAGUUCGACGUUUAGUACAUCAAGUGUGUUAGUGACGUCACAAAAUGGACGACAGCGUUUUUGACGUUUGGAAAAAUUUAAAAAAUACGUGAUAUUUAAAUUGAGUUUUUUAAUCCAUAACUUUUAUUAAUUAAUAUCGAUAUAUUUCGGCCCCUUAUUCCAUGUACUACACGAAAUUAAUAUUGUUAAUUUAUAUUAAAUUUGAUAUGAGUCAACUACCCUAUUGUUUUACAUGAGCCGAGUGCUGGCAUUGUGUGAAUCGCUACUAUAGAGUGUAAGUGUUCAUUUACACUAGCGGCAACUCUGCCGUCGACUGCCGUUGGCUGCCGCCGAGACGUCGCCGAUUGCAGUCGACUGCCGUUAGCUGCCGUCGAGACGUUGCUGACUGCAGUCGACUGCCAGUCGUCGGUACAGUUGCCGCUCGUGUAAAUGAACCCUAAGGUGCGUUUGUGUGUAUGUCAUCUUGGGGCGGGCGAACGUCGUUAAUAUAAACAUAAGUCACCGCAAAUUUUUAGGUUCUUGCCCCCAACCGUCGUCAGACGUGCAUGCGGUUCAACGAUUUUAUAUAUUUUUAACCGACUUUAAAAAGUAGGUUAUUGUUUGUUUGAAUGACAAAAUUAACUUGGUUAGAGAUUGAUAAUGGAUUUUAUAAGUAUGCAAAAAACUUAUAAUUUUAUUUAUACGAUGUUAUUUAACGAAAAUUCAGUGAAAUGUUAUAAUUCAAUAUUUUAACAUGUUUUACAUUUCAUUGUGAGACGGAAUUCAUACAAAGUUUUCAUGUAAACUUGAUAAUUUUGUAUGAAAUGUUAAAAUAUGUUUUGGAAUGUUAAAAUUUGUUGUGAUGAUUGCAUGUUAAGUCCCAUUUAAAUGAAUUCCCAAAAAAUAUUUCCACUUUUUAGUAAGAAAUUGCAUUGAAUACAAGAAAUUGCUUGUUAUUUAAUGUAUUGUAGUGUGAAAUGUGUCAAUUUAUGUGUCUAUCUAACCUGUCAAAAUUUAUCGUUUGUAUAUAUAUAUUUUUUUUAGUUUUUUUUUUUAAUAUCUGUGUUUCGCAUGUCGUCUGACGAUGAUCGGCCGCGCUGUUUCAUUAUGCUGGUAUGUCCAUUUGCGCGGACGACGCUACUAAAUGAUAAUAAUAUAAUUAAUCGGUUCACUGUUGUAUGUAUGUAUAACUUAAUGUAUCAAAGAACUUAGACCUCAUUAAACAGCGUACAUUUGCUAAAAAAUACCAAAAGUAGUUUUAUUUCCGUCAAAAAAAGUCACCAUCGAUUGGCGGUACCGUACGGUUGAACGUACGCUAUGGACAUACCAUCAUAAUAAUCUAUGGUGACUUGGAAAAAAAACAUUUAGCUUAAUGAACAAGCCGUAUAAUUAUUUCUUCAGAUCAAAAUCUGUAAAGAUCCAUAUUUAUAUACCUAUAUGAAUAUUUGCAUAUAAAUAGCGUGAACAAAAAUAUAAAAUCUCGACAUGAUGCGGAAAUAAAGGAACAGUUUUUUUU